CCCGCCUUUUUCUCCUUAUUGCAUCUCUCUCUCUCUUUUUUUUUUUACUCCUUGAACUUUAUACAACAAAAUUACCCUUUCUCUCUCUUUUUUUUUUUCUUCUUCUUUUCUCUCUCUCUCAUUUCCCCCCACUGAAAUAAAACCAUCUAAAUCCAUUCCAUUCGUUACACAUCAAUUAUGGAUAACAAUUUAGACUUGGAAGGUCAGACCGCUCCUGAAUCUACGCGAGGUCUUUUUGACUUCCCAGAGAACUCCAAAAGAUCUGAUUGGAUUGAAAAGAAAAGACGACCUGCCUCCUCUGAUAUGCGUACAAGUAAAACCUACAGCAAGGGACAACGUGGUCUCCACACCGUCAAUGAAGAAGACUACUACUAUCAACAACAACAACAACAAAGCUUUGGACAUCAACAACAACAGCGUGAAUCUAUCACUCCUUUAUAUCAAAGAAAGCAACGUUCCUCCGUCACCCAUUUUAAUAAUUUUCCCCCUUUGAUUAAAUCAGAGGAUGAACCUAGAUCCAGAGCAGAUGUACUUGCUGAAACAGAAGCUAAAUUAAGUGGAGGUCGUUAUGAGACAAAUCACACACGUACACAAGACAAACAAAAUCGUAGAUUAUCCGAACCCAAUCAAUACGUAAGUCAACAUGAUGCACGAAAGCGUAUGUCCUUUCAACAACAACAACAACAAUUGGAUGAUUUUGAUCUAAAGAGAAAUUCAUCUCGUCAACAACAACAAGAUUGGAGAACAACAACAUCUUCAAGACCUCAUUCAACCGUAGGCGUCGUCAAUAAUCAUCGUUUUUCUACUGGAUCUACUAGUUUUGAAAGCACUAGCGUCACGACGACCAAUAAUAAUAAUAACAAUCAGAGAAAACCGUUGUUUGCUUCUCAUCUCCCUUUUUCCUCUGUUGUACCUCAUUUGAAAUCCAAUGUGCUCGUGAGUGGUCUGUUACGUGUUAAUAAACGAAAUCGUUCCGACGCCUAUGUGUUUUGUGAAGAUAUCAAUGCGGAUAUUUAUAUUUGUGGUUCACGUGAUCGUAAUCGAGCUUUAGAGGGGGACCAUGUGGCCAUCAAAUUAAUCGAGGUAGAACAAGUCAUGUUGGAGAAACGAGAAAAGGAAGAAGCAAAAUUAGCUAGAAAUAAUGGGUUGCGCGUUGAUCGUAAACCAGAUGAAGAAGAUGAAAAGGAGAUCAUUUUUGGUGGUGAAGAAGAUGUCGAUUGUGUUACACCAAAGCAUUGUGGUGUCGUCGUGGCUAUCCUGGAUCGUGCGCAGAAACAAGUUUUCUCUGGCACGCUGGGUCUCACUCGUCCAAGUAACAAGAGGUCAAGAAAUGGUGUAGAGGAUGGACAACGCGAUAGUUCGGUACCACGUAUCAUUUGGUUUAAACCUACAGAUAAACGUGUCCCUUUGAUUGCCAUCCCUGUUGAACAAGCUCCUUCUGGAUUCAUUGAAAAUUGUGACGCAUUUGAGAACAGGCUCUUUUUGGGAUCCAUCAAAAGAUGGCCAAUCACCUCUUUGCAUCCAUUUGGUGUGCUUGAAAAUGAAUUGGGUCCAGUCAGAGACACACGAGUUCAAUUACGAGCGAUCCUAGCCGAUAAUAAUUUCACUACCCAGGUUUACCCUGAAUCUUUUCUUCGUCAGCUCCCUACGAAUUUACUCAACCCGGAGUCCAUCCAACGCGAGAUCCAAUCCAAACUCCGUCGUGAUCUACGACGAUCCAUUCAACCCAUCACGAUGUUGGAUGACGCGGGUGGCUUUUUAGAGAACGCCUUGUCUGUCACUUCGGUCAAAGAAGAAGGGACAUUUGAGGUGGGAUUGCAUGUGGCGGAUAUUACGGCUUUUGUAGGUGCUGAUUCCCCUUUAGAUAAAGAGGCGAGGUCUCGUGGUAUCGAUGUCUAUCAAACCAUGUCAGAAAGUGUCCCCUUAUGGCCCGAUCAACUUCGACAUGAAUGUACGGAUUUCGUACCGGGUCAAGAUCGAUUGGCUUUCUCUGUUAUUUGGACUAUUCGUAAUACGGGAGAUAUUGUAGAUACCUGGUAUGGAAAGACAGUGAUCAAUUCGAAGGCAGUUUUAACACGACAAGAAAUUCAAGCCAUGCUUGAUUACAGUCAAGGCAAUAGUGAAACAGAUACUGAACACGAUGCCACAAUUUUAUCCGAUAUUCAAACCCUGUACUCCAUCUCUCAACUGAUCCAUGAAAACCAAAGUCAACAUGCUUUAUCCAUCACGCGUCCCCAUCUCGAUAUUCAAUUUGGAGAGAACACCACCCCAAUUCAUAUUUCAGCACACACACAAUUGGAAUCCGAACAAAUCCUACGUGAAUUCCAAAUCUUGGCCAACACCCAAGUAGCUCAAAAGAUCUGCAGUCAUUUCCCAGACCACGCACUUUUAAGAAACCAAGCCGCACCCAACGAACGUAAGUUACGCGGUCUGACGCGAUACCUGGACAGUCUGGGUUAUCAGAUUCGACCCGAAACAUCGGGCAGUUUACAACAUUCCAUUGACGCCAUCGAUAACCUCGAAGCCAAGGCCGUGAUCGCUACCUUGGUCAUGAAGGCCAUGAGUCAAGAGAAAUACUUUUGCACAGGUGUCUUUGAUAUCAGUCGAUACCAUCAUUAUUCAUUAGCUGUCCCACUCUAUACCCAUUUCACAUGUCCUACCAAACGUUAUGCCGAUGUCUUGGUCCAUCGUCAAUUGGAAGCCGCUCUCAAUGGUUCCUCGUUUUUCUUUAUGGAACCCGAGACCGUUCAAAAGACCGCUCAACAUUGUAACGUCAAAGCCAGAGCAGCUGAAAACGCUGAUGAACAGACACAACAUAUGUUCUCAUCGUAUUAUCUGGCGGAUAAUUCGGGUCUCACCACCAGUCGUAUCGAAGACGCCAUUGUCGUGGGUGUACAAGAAGAUGCCUUUGAUGUCAUCGUACCUCAUUUGGGUCUCGAAAGAAGAAUUCAUACCACCAAUUUACCUCUCAAGUCACAUACAUUUAAACCUACCGAGAAUGUGCUUCAUUUAAUCUGGAAUCGUAGAAGAUCUACCUCUAUUCGUGCUAUUCAGGGUGAAGAUGCUUGUAUCACACAAAAGGAAUGUACCUUUCCAAAUGAAGGAAGACAGCUGAUAAGACCCUUUGAUUUUGUCAAGGUCGUUAUUACGGCAGAUCCCAUUCGAAGUCCUCCUUUGAUCAGAGUUUUGGCUGCCAACCCAUUUAUUACUACCCAUCAUCCCAUAAAUUAA